AUGAUUGUGAAAGCGUAUUCACCAACACAUUUACCCGCGCAACGGAUCAUAUUUAAACCAGAUGCACCCUCCAUUGGCGAUUCAUACCAAUCUGCAGUACGUCAGUUUCUACAACUGGAACGCGAUCAAUAUACGGCUUUCAUGAGGGAGUACAUAGCUCUUGGCCAUAUGGAGGCUAGCGAGGAGUUAAUUACGGACGCUCAUCCUGGUUACUUUAUUCCGCAUCAUGCUGUUACUGCCAAAUUUCGGGUUGUGUUUAAUGCCUCUGCAAAGACAUCGAAUGGCGUAUCACUGAUCGACGUGCAAUUCUCGGGCCCACAACUAUACCCAAACUUGGUCGACAUUCUUCACCGUUUUCGCGAAUUCAGCGUAGCCAUCACUGCAGACGUGAAGAAGAUGUUCCGUCAAGUCUUGGUCGCCCAACGUCAUAGAAAAUUGCAAAAAUUUCUUUGGUGUGAGUCUUCACACGUUCCUCUACAAACAUACGAAUUGAAGAAGGUAACGUAUGGAAUGGCGUGUAGUAAACGCGUUACGGGCACUGCGUCAAUGUGCGCAUGA